GUGUGCGAGUUGAAGACGGCAGGGGACGGAGGUGGGGGGAGGGCCCAGCAAGGCUGCAGAUUGGGAGGGGCUGGAGACAGUGAAGGAUCCCCACCCUCCCUGGCCCUGCUUUUGCAUGGGGGGGGGCUGCUACUCCCCCGCCCCCUUGGCCAUAGCUUCAGCUUCUGCAAACCUGAAGAAGGGUGACUGCAGGAUGUGCGCAAGAUGAUCUGACAAUCAGAGAGAGAGAGAGAGGAAUUGGGGGAGUGGAGAGGUCUCUGCUUCUUUACUGGACGGAUUUGAUCCAAGGGGUUAAAAAUGAGAGAUUUGAGGGUUGUGUUUGAAUGAACUGUGUAUUGGGACACCCCUGCUCUUUUAUUGGGAUAUCCCCUGCCCGCUUCCUGCACAGCCCCACCUCCUUAAGAAAACAUGACCUUGGAUAUUCCCAACCAUUUGGUAUCUGGGGUAAGCAAAGGGCAUGUAGGGUGCAGCCAGCAGAGGGGGGUGCCAGGCUGGAAAGUAGGGAGGGGGCACUCUGACAACUGGAGUGGAAAUUCCCAGACAGUGCAUGUAGAGAAGAAGUUGGGAGGCAGUCGGUGAUGAGCUCCCACAUUCUCUUCCAUAGGAACAUAGGAACAUAGGCAGCUGCCAUAUACUGAGUCAGACCAUUGGUCUAUCUAGCUCAGUAUUGCCUUCACAGACUGGCAGCGGCUUCUCCAAGGUUGCAGGCAGGAAUCUCUCUCAGCCCUAUCCUGGAGAAGCCAGGGAAGGAACUUGAAACCUUCUGCUCUUCCCAGAGUGGCUCCAUCCCCUGGAGGGAAUAUCUUGUAGUGCUCACACAUCAAGUCUCCCAUUCAGAUGCAACCAGGGCUGACCCUGCUUAGCUAUGAGGACAAGUCAUGCUUGCUACCACAAGACCAGCUCUCCUCUCCUACCUGUUUAUCCUGAACAUUAUCGGGUAUUCCUGGAAGUUGCCUUAAAAUAAAAAGCCAAGAUGGAAGAUGAAUACUCAUUUGGCUGCAGAGUAAUUGGAGGUCAUGACAGUAGAAGCACUGAGGAAUUCUGGGAAAAGACAGAGCAAAAGAUGCUGGGAGAAGAUACAAUCUGCUCAGAUGCACAGUGCUUCAGGCAGUUCUGCUACCUGGAGGCCAAGGGCCCCCGAGAGGUUUGCAGCCAACUCCACAGCCUUUGCCACCAGUGGCUGAAGCCAGAAAAACACACAAAAGUUCAGAUCCUAGACCUGGUGAUCCUGGAACAGUUUUUGAGCAUCUUGCCCCCAGAGCUGGAGAGCUGGAUCAGAGAGUGUGGAGCAGAGACCAGUUCCCAGGCAGUGGCCCUGGCAGAAGGUUUCCUCCUCAACCAGGCACAGGCCAAGAAGCAGGAAGAGCAGCAGGGGCAGAGGCCAUCAAAAGCAGCCACUGAUCUACCUGAGGCAGAGAAAGCUCCGUUGGGCCCUGGAGAGGAGUCACUGUUCAGUGGGUUCGUGCAAGCAGGUGACAGAGGAAACACCUUGAGGGGUGGCAGAAUUUCACUGGUUCUCCAUUCCAGGCCUUCUCCUCUUUGUGGCAAAGAGAUGACAGUCUCUGGGCAACUGGACCAGGGUCCGGUGACCUUGGAGGUGGUGGCUGUGAAUUUCUCAGAGGAGGAGUGGGCUCUGCUGGAUCCAGACCAAAGGGCUGUACAUAAAGAGGUUAUGGAGGAAAUCUGUGACCAUCUGGCCUCUCUGGAUAGUGGAGGGGAAACCAAGAAAGAAUUUGAACAGCAGGGGAUUGUGGACACAAAACAUCAGGGGAUAAAGAAAUCUGCUUCUGAGUGCUUGGACUUCCAUGAAAUUCCAGGCCAAAAAAAUUACUGUGAAGGGAAUGGAAAGAAUAAAUCCUCUCCACAUCCAAAAAUCUUAACCAUGAAGUCCAACUGUAGCAAUGAUCAGAAAAUUCCUACAGGUGAGAAAAAUUAUGAAUGUGCAGAGUGUGGAAAGAGCUUUGCUCACAACUCAAGCCUUAUUUCCCAUCAAAGAAUCCAUACAGGAGAAAAACCAUAUCAGUGUUUAGAGUGUGGAAAGAGCUUCAGCAAGACCUCCAACCUAAUUUCCCAUCAAAUAAUUCAUACAGGAGAAAAACCAUAUAAAUGCUCACAAUGUGGAAAGAGUUUCAGCAAGACCUCAAGCCUUACUUCCCAUCAAAGAAUUCAUACAGGGGAAAAACCAUAUAAAUGCUCAGAAUGUGGAAAGAGCUUCAGCAACAGGGCAAACUUUAUUUCCCAUGAAAGAAUACACACAGGGGAGAAACCAUAUCAAUGCUCAGAAUGUGGAAAGAGCUUUGGCCAGAGUGCAGGCCUUAGUUAUCAUCAAAGAAUACACACAGGGGAGAAACCAUAUCAGUGCUCAGUGUGUGGAAAGAGCUUCAGCCAGAGUGCAAGCCUUAGUUAUCAUCAAAGAAUACACACAGGGGAGAAACCAUAUCAAUGCUCAGUGUGUGGAAAGAGCUUCAGUAUGACCUCACAGCUUAGUUGCCAUAAAAGAAUACACACCGGAGAAAAACCAUAUCAGUGCUCAGAGUGUGGAAAACAUUUCAGCCAGAUCUCAAGUCUUACUUCCCAUCUAAUAAUCCACACAGGGGAGAAACCAUAUCAGUGCUCAGAAUGUGGGAAAAGCUUUAGCCGGAGCUCAGAUCUCACUUCCCAUCAAAGAGUCCACACAGGGGGGAAACCAUUUCAAUGCACUGAGUGUGGAAAGAGCUUCAGACACAGCUCAAGCCUUACUUCCCAUCAAAGAAUCCACACAGGGGAGAAACCUUAUCAGUGCUCAGAAUGUGGGAAAAGCUUUAGCCGGAGCUCAGAUCUCUCCUCUCAUCAAAGAGUCCACACAGGGGAACAACCAUACAAAUGUUCAGAAUGUGGAAAGCGCUUCAGACACAGCUCUAGCCUGACUUCUCAUCAAAGAAUCCACACAGGAGGGAAACCAUUUCAAUGCUCUGAGUGUGGAAAGAGCUUCAGGCAGAGCACACAUCUUUCUUCCCAUCAAAGAAUCCACACUCGAGAGAGACCAUCUCUAUGCUGAGAGACUGUUGGCUCCUUGGGAGCAUUUUAUUUCUCCUCUUGUAGCUAUAAAUCAUCUGCAUCCAUUUUUAGUUGGGAAAGGCAUCUGCCUGGGAGACCCUCCCAAGACAAAUGUGGGACUUGCAAAUGCUUUCCUGUCAUGGACACAGAAAGGGAUAAGAGGAACCGUGUCUGUGUCAUUGGGAAGCGUCUCUCUAUCAACAUGUUAGAUAGAAAGUCUGCCAGUUCAGAAGCAGUCUGCCAGUUCAGAAGGAGAUAGCAGUGCUGUUUAGAUUUCUGUGCAAAAAGCAUAGAGUCUCUGAUCUGCACAAGGGGUGGCUGACCCAUAAGCAGAGGGACUCCUCUGUCAAGGGCAGGGAUGCUACAGUGGAGUUGCAGCAACAUGCUCAGGUAGAGUUGGUUGGGAUGAAGAAGCCACUGACAGCAUGGGGUAGUGGGUAGCCCUGGGGAGAACCAGGUUCAAAGUCCUCAGUCAGGAAGCUGCAGAGAGGGACCUGGAAGCUAUCAGUCAGCUUCACGUACCUUGCAGGGUUGUUCUGAGUAUGGAAUGGAAUGCAGAAUCCUCCAUCUCAGUGGUGCCUAACCUGUGUUCUUCAGAUACGACUGAACAUCAACUCCCAUCAUUGAAAGCCACCAUUUAUUGAAUUGCUGAAUCAAUCAAUAGUUCAGCAGCAUCUGGAGGACCACAGGUUGGUAGCCCCUGCUCUAUCUCCUUCUGAACAGGGGUAUAUAAUUAUUUGUAGUAGUUUUUCUAGUGGCUCUUUGAGUGGAAUAAAAAUGCAAUAAAUAAUAAAUCAAG